UCUGGCACGACAACGGAAGGGCGUCAGUUGAAAUCCCCUCUGACGCUUUAACAAUAAGUGGCUCGCUGGGGUGAAACAACAGGACCAGACUUUUCCACCGCUGCACCAGUACGGCUGGCAAUCCAACAGAUUGCAAGCCAGUCUCGUAUCAGUGUUUGUUUCCAGAAUCGGCCUGCUGACUGCCGAGGCAAACAUCGAGUACCGUGACGCAGACAGAGCAGAGAGAAGCAGCAAGAUGGGGACCAGAGUGGACGACAUCAUGCGUCUUUGCUGCGAGAUUUCGGCUCACUAUGAGAUCACAGACGUGGUGAAGAACUCGGCCAAAGGAGCCUUGGUGGCGGGAGGAAGUGUGUUUGUUGGCGGCUUGCUUGGCGGACCUCUUGGCAUCUUUGUUGGGGGCGUUAUAGGGGGCCUGCUGGGAAGCUGGCUGACCAGGGGUCAGUUCCGGCCUCUUCCUCAGAUCUUAAGGGAGUUGUCCCCCGCCCAGAGGCAGAAGCUGUCCGAGGACAUCAUGGCCAUCCUGGGCAAUGUGAAAUGGAAGGACGCCGCCAAGCUGGUUGCCAUGGUGAUGAGCAGCCACGUGCUACGGAAAAAGGUCAAGGCCGCCCUGCUCAACUACGUCAACAACAAACUGUAGGAGGAGGUUCGUUAUAGAGACUGAGAAGAGGACGUUCGGAAAUCUAAAAGUUGUAUUUUUUCUCCUUUUUUUUUUGUUUCUUCGGUGUCAAAGAAUGAAUGUUUAUUGAAGACGAUAACAACAAUCUUCUAAAAUGUCCUCAUUUUAAAGAAGCGCCCCAUUGCUGGUCCCAAAUGGGUUAAUUGGGCAAAUCCUACAGUGUAGUUCCCGCUCGUUUGUUGUACUAAGUGCAGUGAGUCAUUGUUUAGGCAACAUGUUUUGGUACAGUGGAACCUCGAUUUAAGAACUUAGUUGGUCAGUAUAUCGGAAAGUUUGUAUAGUGAAGCAGAGUUUCCACCCCGAAAAUUUGGAAACGUGAAAAACUGGUUCUUGCCUCAACAACAAUUCUUUUUUUAGUGGGAAAAAAUGCAUACUUUGUUGAUAUAUAUAUAUAUAUAUGUAUAUAUAUAUAUAUCCAUGCUGUCAAGACAUGGACUUCAAUCAAUCAAUCAAUGUUUACUUAUAUAGCCCUAAAUCACUAGUGUCUCAAAGGGCUGCACAAACCACUACGACAUCCUCGGUAGGCUCACAUAAGGGCAAGGAAAACUCACACCCAGUGGGACGUCGGUGACAAUGAUGACUAUGAGAACCUUGGAGAGGAGGAAAACAAUGGAUGUCGAGCGGGUCUAACAUGAUACUGUGAAAGUUCAAUCCACAAUGGAUCCAACAGAGUCGCGAGAGUCCAGUCCAAAGAGGAUCCAACACAGCAGCGAGAGUCCCGUUCACAGCGGAGCCAGCAGGAAACCAUCCCAAGCGGAGGCGGAUCAGCAGCGCAGAGAUGUCCCCAGCCGAUACACAGGCAAGCAGUACAUGGCCACCGGAUCGGACCGGACCCCCUCCACAAGGGAGAGUGGGACAUAGAAGAAAAAGAAAAGAAACGGCAGAUCAACUGGUCUAAAAAGGGAGUCUAUUUAAAGGCUAGAGUAUACAAAUGAGUUUUAAGGUGAGACUUAAAUGCUUCUACUGAGGUGGCAUCUCGAACUGUUACCGAGAGGGCAUUCCAGAGUACUGGAGCCCGAACGGAAAACGCUCUAUAGCCCGCAGACUUUUUUUGGGCUUUGGGAAUCACUAACAAGCCGGAGUCCUUUGAACGCAGAUUUCUUGCCGGGACAUAUGGUACAAUACAAUCGGCAAGAUAGGAUGGAGCUGGACCGUGUAGUAUUUUAUACGUAAGUAGUAAAACCUUAAAGUCACAUCUUAAGUGCACAGGAAGCCAGUGCAGGUGAGCCAGUACAGGUAUAUAUGUAUGUAUAUAUGUAUAUAAAGGUAUAUACAGUACAGGCGUAAUGUGAUCAAACUUUCUUGUUCUUGUCAAAAGUCUAGCAGCUGCAUUUUGUACCAACUGUAAUCUUUUAAUGCUAGACAUGGGGAGACCCGAAAAUAAUACGUUACAGUAGUCGAGGCGAGACGUAACAAACGCAUGGAUAAUGAUCUCAGCGUCUUUAGUGGACAGAAUGGAGCGAAUUUUAGCGAUAUUACGGAGAUGAAAGAAGGCCGUUUUAGUGACGCUUUUAAUGUGUGCCUCAAAGGAGAGAGUUGGGUCGAAGAUAAUACCCAGAUUCUUUACCGUGUCGCCUUGUUUAAUUGUUUGGUUGUCAAAUGUUAGAGUUGUAUUAUUAAAUAGAGGUCGGUGUCUAGCAGGACCGAUAAUCAGCAUUUCCGUUUUUUUGGCUUUGUAUUGCUUCCUCGACGCAGAGGAUGAUUUGCACGAGCCAGACGAGAGUGUGAGUACAUUUUGUAUUAUUUAACACUAUAAUUCAAAACAGAAAAACAAAAGGGUAGAGAAUAAACUAGACUAUACUUCAAACAAAAACAGCACAAUGGCAUGACUAUAUACGAAGGAACAAAAGAUACUAACUGUGGCACAAAAUAAACCAAAAACUUACAUGGUAUAAACGGAAAAACAACAGCGUGGCUAUGCAUGAAGGUAGAUGAGGGUCAGGUAGGUGCGUGGUCAUGAGGGUAGGUAAGGUUCAAUAAGUACAAAGUUGCCAGGACGAGAACAGAAAUGGAAUGGCUUAAAUAAUGACUAUGACGAUGAUUACUUACAGGUGUGAGGCUGAGGACAGGGGCGUGACUAGGAGACCAGGUGGAACUAAUGGGUUGGCAUAGAGACGAAAACGAAGCAGGAAGUGCAAAGACAGAACUAAAUGAACAAAAAAACUAAACAUAACAUGACCAAACAUGACAAAAAACAAAACAUAAUCUACAACGUGACACAUGCAUCCAUUUUCUACUGCUUCUCCUUUACACACACAUGUAUAUAUAUAUAUAUAAAGAUACACACUAUAUAUACAGUAUAUAUAUAUAGAUACACGCACAUUUAUAUACAUAUAUCUAUAUAUACAAACUCCGUUUCCAUGUGAGUCGGGAAAUUGUGUUAGAUGUAAAUAUAAACGGAAUACGAUGACUUGCAAAUUCUUUUCAACCCAUAUUCAAUUGAAUGCACUACAAAGACAAGAUAUUUGUUGUUCAAACUCAUAAUUUUUUUUUUUGCAAAUAAUAAUUAACUUUAGAAUUUCAGGGCUGCAACACGUGCCAAAGUAGUUGGGAAAGGGCAUGUUCACCACUGUGAUACGUCACCUUUUCUUUUAACAACACUCAAUAAACGUUUGGGAACUGAGGAAACUAAUUGUUGAAGCUUUGAAAGUGGAAUUAUUUCCCAUUCUUGUUUUAUGUAGAGCUUCAGUCGUUCAACAGUCCGGGGUCUCCGCUGUCGUAUUUUACGCGUCAUAAUGCGCCACACAUUUUCGAUGGGAGACAGGUCUGGACUGCAGGCGGGCCAGGAAAGUAUCCGCACUCUUUUUUUACGAAGCCACGCUGUUGUAACACUUGUCUUGCUGAAAUAAGCAGGGGCGUCCAUGAUAACGUUGCUUGGAUGACAACAUAUGUUGCUCCAAAACCUGUAUGGACCAUUCAGCAUUAAUGGUGCCUUCACAGAUGUGUAAGUUACCCAUGCCUUGGGCACUAAUACACCCCCAUACCAUCACAGAUGCUGGCUUUUGAACUUUGCACCUAUAACAAUCCGAAUGGUUAUUUUCCUCUAUGUUCUGGAGGACACCACGUCCUCUGUUUCCAAAUAUAAUUUGAAAUGUGGACUCGUCAGACCACAGAACACUUUUCCACUUUGCAUCAGUCCAUCUUAGGUGAGCUCGGGCCCAGCCAAGCCGGCAGCGUUUCAGGAUAUUGUUGAUAAAUGGGUUUGGAUUUGCAUAGUAAUUUUAACUUGCACUUACAGAUGUAUCGACCAACUGUAGUUACUGACAGUGGUUUUAUGAAGUGUUCCGGAGUCCAUGUGGUGAUAUCUUUUACACACUGCUGUUGGUUUUUGAUGCAGUACCGCCUGAGGGAUCAAAAGUCUGUAAUAUCAUCGCUUACGUGCAGUGAUUUCUCCAGAUUCUCUGAACUUUUGGAUGAUUUUUUGGACCGUAGAUGGUAAAAUCCCCAAAUUCCUUGCAAUAGCUCGUUGAGAAAUGUUGUUCUAAAACUGUUCGACAAUUUGCUUUCAAAGUGGUGACUCUCACCCCAUCCUGUUUGUGAAUUACUUAGCAUUUCAUGGAAGCUGCUUUUAUACCCAAUCAUGACACCCACCUGUUCCCAAUUAGCCUGCACACCUGUGGGAUGUUCCCAAGGGCGUAGAAUUGGGUAGGGACGCUAGGGACACGUCUCUACCAAUAUGAAAGUCAAUGCUCAGUCCCCUUUACCAUUGUUAACCCUCUCCGGAGGUGAAAGUUAACCUUAAACAUGUGAAUUCAACUACUUUAGUCUCCGUUUUUUAACAUCGUAAAAACAUCAGCUUUCUUUUACUACGGACUGCAACAGUCCGUUGUCAUGGAUACAUGACAACAACGUCCAUUCAUACCAGUCAUGCGUGCCUGAGGCGGAGUGAUAGCCUACGCUGUGAUAAGGCUUUAGAAUAUUUAAACCACGGUUAACAGCCAAUCAGAUCGCCGGAUAUCACCUUUCCAUUUUAUUUUUUAAAUUAUUUUUUAGUUUCAUGUAUUUGUGUAGAAGUGAGCAACGGUUUGAAAAUACCAAUGAACAAACCUUUGUGGUGGAAAUACAAUAAAACCUCACUAGAUGAUCAUGUGAUUUUACAAUUAUAAAAUAUGUUUAAUUAAUAUGAAGUAAUAUUCAUAUUUAGUAAAAGCCUUUUUGCUCAGGCAGUAACUGUCCCAUCAAGCUCUACACUGAAAAAAGUGACUUUUUGGAGCUGUAAAAUCCAUCAAAGUAACUGUCAUAAUUUAUACCUAAUAUUUUUAAAAUUCAGUAAGAACCAGGGGUGUCGCCAGACAGAUUUCACUGGGGCACGUGCCCCAGUGUUGAUUUGCAGUGCCCCAGUAAAAAUUUCACCAAUAAAAAAAAAACGCUUCAGAGUUUUAAGUCUACAUAACAUAGACAACAGCGCACAUACUACUUAGUAUGGUAAUUGAUUGCUACUGUAUUCACUCCACGUAACAAUGAACAUAUGGCUAAUUAAUAUGGUAAUUUAUUCACGUGUGGAUCAAGACUUCAGUUGAGAGAGAGAGAGAGAGAGACGGGAUGCGAAUCACUGCUGAGGUAGGUAACGUUAGCCAACAACAAUUUGUUAAUUAUAUUAUUUUUAUUUUGAUUUGACUCAAACUGUAACUCCUAGAUGGAUUUAAGAAAGUUAUUCGCCCGCAGCAGAGAAGAAGCAGCAGGAAUGAGAGAUGUAAGUGAAGUCCUAGCUAGCUAGGCAACAUCAUUGUCUUAAGUUGAUGCUAAGUUAGCUAACGUUAUUCCUUGUAUCAAGACAAACAUAUUCAUUUGCUGUACGAGCUGUCGGGGGAAUUUCCAAUGAACAUGAAACAUAAUGUUGGUUAUUGUCUGCUGCUUCUGCAUCAAUGAUGAUUUGGAGUAAGCAUGUGUGAGUUGAGUGCUUCUCAAAUGGUUUAUCUUCAGGAAGAAAAACAUGUUUCCAUAUCAUCAAGUCGUGAGCCAAAUUUUUAAAUCAUUCAAGUUUAUUUCACAGAAAAAUAGCACAGUAGACUUGUCUUGUUAAUCGGUGUGACUUUGACUAAAAUAAUCUUGUUUUGUCACCAGAAAAAUGGCUACAGCUAAAGCAUCUGGUUUUGUUUCCAGAAAAAAUAGUAACAUUUCUGUAUAUGUUUUCAGAAAGAUGGCUGAAAAUAUCGGGUUUUGUUGCCCAAUUUGGAUUUAAAAAAAAUAUAUUUCCAUGUCUGUCCUGAGUCCUCCUCCAACUUGUUAGUCGGUUUGCCUUUUGCUAAAAUACUCACUAAUAGUCACUAGAAAAAUGGCUAAAAAUAUCUGGUUUUGUUGCCAAAAUUUGAUUUUUUUCUCCUUAAACUUAUUUUUUUCAUGCACACAUCUGACUGCGACUCACUGAAAAUGACACACAAUCCACUUUUAUGUCACGACCCAGCAGUUGGGAACCACUGGUCAACUGUAUAACAGUUACUGUAAUAUUUCCAUGUCUGUCCAGAGUGAUUGACCACUUUGCAAAAAUGAAAAGGAGACGUUACAGUUUACUUCUCAGAAAAUGAUUCCCUGAACAGACACACAACAGUUGUUCAUUUAUUCUACUACUGUGGCUUUAUUGUUUUGUGUAUAUUUUAUAGUUUUGUGUAUCUGAAAUAGGAUUAGCCACAUUGCCAUAAAUGGAAAUUAAAUAAUAUAAAAGAACCCAGAGAUGUAGGGGUGCUUUAUUUUUUGUUUUACUUUUGUAGAUGUUAAGUUUGCAGAUGAUUACUGCAAUAUAUAUUUCAAAAAGAUUCAUUGCUCUUCCUUUUUGCUUUUAUCAGUAGCAGUUUAGAAGUCUGGAGUAAAAAAGUGCACAAGUAGGUCAAAUGCAUUAGUUAAUUUCAGGUGGUUAAUCAAAGAUCCAUACAACAUAAUCUGAUAUGA